ACUUCAUCACAUCAUGUCAUCAUCUCCAUUCUCACACUUUGUCUUUUAUGUAAACACCAUGAACACAAUAUGACAACACCUUCCCUCAUAUCCCUAUAAAGCCACACACCCUCCCUCCCUCACUUGAAUCAUUGUCUUCCAAAAGCGAAAUUGAAAGUUGACAGAGAAGCAGAAGGAAGCAUAAAGCAAGAUAGUUUUGUGGUUGUAUGAAAAACAUGGGAGCAGAUAGGAUUCCGGUGAGGUUUCAGAGAGUUGCGGCGGCGUUCGACGAGGGGGCGAGGGUAAGGCUGUGCGAGAGCAGCGGCAGCGAGCACUCGGCGGCGGCGGAGAGCGUUGCUGAUUUGUCGGACCUUGUCAAGUCUUUUAUUGAGCGAGGGAAUUAUGGAGGGGAUUCAAGAGAUGAUGGUGAGGAAAUCGAGAGGGAUUCGUUGGAGAUGGAUGAAGAAUUAGAGGGCGGUUAUUGGUCUGAUUCGGAGACCAAGAAUACCCUAGAACAGCUGCUUGAUCAAAAUGGAGGUGGUGAUGAUGUGAAGGAAAACAUUGUUGCUGAGGUAGAACAUGCUUGCGGUGUAAUUGGGGAUAGGUUGGACAGAGAGUUUAAGAGGAAGCUGAUGGCUCAUUUGCGCCACAAGGGUUUUGAUGCUGGCCUGUGCAAAUCAAAGUGGGUAAAAUCCAGUCAGUUUCCAGCAGGGGACUACGAAUUUGUAGAUGUCAAUGUCAACGGAACUCGUUACAUUAUCGAGCCAUUCUUCACCGGAGAAUUCGAAAUCGCCCGUCCGACUAGUCGAUACACAUCGUUACACAAUGUCCUGCCACAGAUAUUCGUCGGAGAAGUUGAAGAGCUGAAGAAAAUUGUUCGGAUCAUGUGCACAGCCAUUAAAAAGUCCAUGAAGAGAGUGGACAUGCCCAUGCCACCAUGGAGGAGAAAUGGGUACAUGUUAGCCAAGUGGUUUGGUUCCUACAAGCGCACCACAAAUGCAGUUUCUUCUUCAACCAAGGCCUUCGAAUUCGAUGAGAGUUUAAGCGCAAAGAGAGCAUUCGGCUUCGAGGCUCUGCCCAAGAAGUCUUACUAUUGCAGAGACAGUUUUGCUACCAAUAAUGGAUUGAGAAUUGGGAACUUGACUGCUGCCUUUCAGCCCAAAGGCAUUGGCAUGGAAUUAUAGCUGCAUCACUGGCAUAGUACUUCAUUUGUUCUUAUUACCCAAUUUUGGGUUCUUUUUUGUCUUCUUAGCUACAUUAUUUGGGAGUGUCAUUUGGUUUCAUUGGAAUGGGAUUUAGGUUCUGGGCUUUAAGGCCAUGUAAAAAUUGCUUGUUUUUGAAGAAAAAUCAGUGUAAAAUACCCAUUAUAUAUAUUUUUUUGGAAUAAAUGAAGGAAUAAAAUUCCUCUGUUUUUCCUAGUUCA